AUGGCAGCACGGAAACUUCAACAAGAAGUCGACAAGUGCUUCAAGAAGGUGGCCGAAGGCGUGGCCGAGUUCGAGGCCAUCUACGAGAAGAUUGAGCAGUCCAACAACAUCUCCCAAAAAGAGAAGCUGGAGGACAACCUCAAGCGCGAAAUUAAGAAGCUACAGAGACAGCGCGAUCAGAUCAAGACAUGGGCGGCAAGCAAUGAUAUCAAAGACAAGGCUCCUUUACUGGAGCACCGCCGACUGAUCGAGACGCAAAUGGAAAAGUUCAAGGCGGUCGAGAAGGCCAUGAAGACUAAGGCAUACUCCAAGGAAGGGUUGGCCUCUUCAGCAAAGCUCGACCCCCAAGAACAGGCAAAGGCGGAAGCAAGCGAUUUCCUUAACAAUAUGGUGGACGAGCUGGAGCAACAAAUCGAGACCCUCGAAGCCGAAGCCGAGGCGAUACAGGCCACCAUGAAGAAGGGCAAGACCCAGACUGCCAAGGCGGAACGAAUGGCCGAAAUCGAGCGCAUCAUCGAGCGUCACAAAUGGCAUCAGGGCAAGCUCGAGCUCAUCCGGAGGUCUCUGGAGAACGGCGGAGUCGACACGGAUCAGGUCACCGACCUCGAGGAGACGAUUCGAUACUAUGUCUCAGAUGGCAUGAACGACGAUUUCGUUGAGGACGAAGAGAUGUACGAAGAGCUCAACCUGGAUGAGGAGGAGGGCGUAUAUGGCGUUCCUCAGGACGGCGACAAAGGCUCGUCGCAAGACACCCAAUCCUUGGCGGAAGAACCGACACCGGAACCCGAGGUCAUCAAACCUCCUCCGAAGCCGAAGGCGGUGGCGGAUGCUUCGGCAUCAGGACGGAGGUCCAGUGCGCAGUCCAAGUCCCCUCUACCAGCGCUGGCAACCUUGCAUACGCCAUUACAGACCAUCAGUAGUAAUGGAGCUGCGAAUGGUCCGACCAUGAAACCCGCAUCCGUCCCCACAAGACCUGCCGAGGGCCUCAAAUACGCAUCUGCGGCAGCGGCCGCGGCGGCAUCAGACAAGAUUGGCAUUUCUCCCUUGCCACCUCCGCCGGGCGCCGCACCCAUUACGACAGGAACCCCAGCCGCACAAUCGAAGAGCAGUGCGGCAGGGUCCCCUGCAACGACGCCGGCACACCCUGUUGCGGCCAAGGAACCAGAACCCAAACCGCAGUCCGCAGCGCCCUCGAGCAUCGCAAGCGAGCCCCAGGCGACGAUUGCAAAGCCGACGCCGGCCCAGACCAAGGCAGAAAAACGUGCACUCAAGAACCAGGCCGCGGUAGAGGCAUCGGCAGCAGCCAAGGCAUCUCAAACAAACGGCACCAGGAAUGGAGUCAAGCCCGCUGUCGGAGAGGAGGAGGAGGAAGAGUCGAUUUACCACCUUCCUUCGUCUCUGCAAGACCUCGUCGAGUCUUUCGAGGCAUCUCGCAAGCGGCCAGCGCCCUUCUCUUCGCCCUCGACGCAGCGCAUGCUUCAGGCAAGCCAGGCCAUGUGUCCCGACAUCAUGGACACGGACGUGCCCAGGACGUACCGUCCCGAGCUACGUCUGAACUCGAGCGCCGCGAACUUUCCUCAAGAGCCGCUAGCAUUGUUCGACGACCCGCGACUGUACUCGCGUAUUGACCCCGACACACUCUUCUACGUAUUCUACUACAAGCAGGGCACUCCUCAGCAAUACCUGGCUGCCAAGUCACUGAAGGACCAGAGCUGGAGAUUCCACAAGCAGUACCAGACCUGGUUCCAGCGUCACGAGGAACCCAAGAACAUCACCGAGGAGUUUGAGCAGGGCACGUACCGCUUCUUCGACUACGAGAGCACUUGGAUGAACCGCAGAAAGGCGGACUUCAAAUUUGCGUACAAAUUCCUGGAGGACGAUGUAUGA